UGGCCGUUCGUCAUCAGAGACUCGCGAAUAAAAAGUCGGGAAGGAGCGUCGUCUCCCGUCGACCAACGGUUCCCCUGACUUCCCCAGCCUUUAACGGACUGCAUGUGGACCAGUCCGUGUACAAUAAACUCUAUUCUCGUUGACAUUGAUACAGAGUCCGAGGAGACGCAAAUAAAAGGAGGAUGGGUAACCGAGUCGUCCGAGAGGAUUACGAAUGGGUCUACACGGACCAGCCGCACGCCGACCGGAGGAAAGAGAUUCUGGCCAAAUAUCCAGAGAUCAAGAGUCUCAUGGGACCCGACCACAGGCUCAAGUGGAUCGUUUGCAUGAUGGUGGCCAUUCAGUUCUUGGCCUUCUACUUGGUCAAAGACUUGGACUGGAAGUGGGUUCUGUUUUGGACUUAUGCCUUUGGCAGUUGCAUCAACCACUCGAUGACUCUGGCCAUCCAUGAGAUCUCCCACAACACGGCGUUCGGCAACAACAAGGCCAUGUGGAACCGCUACUUCGCCAUGUUCGCCAACCUGCCCAUCGGACUACCCUACUCCGCCUCCUUCAAGCGCUACCACCUGGACCACCACCGCUACCUGGGCGGGGACGGCGUGGACGUGGACAUCCCCACCGAGUUCGAGGGCUGGUUCUUCUGCACACGCUUCCGCAAGUUGAUCUGGAUCAUCCUGCAGCCCCUCUUCUACGCCAUCCGCCCGCUCUACAUCAACCCUAAGCCCAUCAGCCACCUGGAGCUGGCCAACACGGCCAUCCAGGUGGCCUUUAACGUGGCCCUCUACUGGCUCCUGGGGGCCAAGCCUGUGGUCUACAUGCUGGCGGGCUCCAUGCUGGGGAUGGGCCUGCACCCCAUCUCGGGACACUUCAUCGCAGAGCACUACAUGUUCAUGAAGGGCCACGAAACCUACUCCUACUACGGCUCGCUCAACCUGCUCACCUUCAACGUGGGCUACCACAACGAGCACCAUGACUUCCCCAGCGUCCCUGGUCGCAGGCUGCCCAUGGUGAAGAAGAUUGCGGCGGAGUACUACGACGACCUGCCCAACUACUCCUCCUGGGUCAAGGUGCUGUACGACUUCAUCAUGGAUGACUCGCUCAGCCCCUACUCCCGCAUCAAGCGGACGUUAAAGGGCGACGUCAAGCAGGAGUGACCGUCCCCUCGCUCCCUCCCCUCGUCUUCUGUUAGAACGACGGCUCCACCUCCCAAGCCUAUGAACUUACUAGCAUUUUUCAGAUUAACACAAAUUGAUAUGCCGUCUUUGGUUUUGUGUGUGUGUGUGUGUGUGUGUGUGUGUGUGUGUGUGUGUGUGUGUGUGUGUGUGUGUGUGUGUGUGUGUGUGUGUGUGUGUGUGUGUGUGUGUGUGUGUCUGUGUCCACCCUGGAAAGAUCCAAACAUGGUUGUGCUUGUGUCUUCUCACACAUUCACACCCAUAAUGAACUCUUCAGACUUUGAAACAUUUCAGUCCAACAUGUCUGCCAUCAUGUUGGCCCCACCCCCUUUUUGGAUAGUGCUUGGAAGUUUGUUUCGCUUUAGUUUGCAUUCUUUCAUUGCAACAUCCGCCCACAAAUGCAAAAACCAAAUGCAUAUCUCCAUGCCGAGUUUGCCGACUGUUGUCACAAAUGCAGAGGAGGUCCUUAAUUCCAUGUCAAGUGUUUGAAAUCAAUGUUCAAUGAUUUAGCAAAUCUCAAAAACGUUCUAUUUUAAAUAUUGUGCCGUUGUGCCAGCCCUUUUUGUUGCCUUAAAUUAAGGUACAUUAAGGCCCUUAAUGUACCUUUUUGUUUGAUGCCGACCAAAAAAACAUGGAUUUUGAAAUGCAGUGGCAAGAAGAAUUAUAGACUACAUGUCUGUAGCGUUAAGUUGCUGAUUGCAUCUUAACUCAACCCGUCUUAUAAAUUGCGUUAUCCUUCUUUUCAAGUUUUUUUUUUUAUAUAUUGUUCCGAAAUAGUUUUGAAAAAUGUAAUUUAAAGGGAUACGCCGAGUCGCCAACAUAUCUGUAAAUAUGCCUUUGCCUAUCUUACCCAGAAUCAGACGCGUGUGUAAUUAUUCUACAAAGACACUGAUUACUUGUCACUGUCUUUGGCACUGUGAUUUAUUGGGCUUGAUUUUGAAUCAAACAGCAAUUUACUGAUAUCUCGGGCCGGCCUAUCCUUUUGAUUUACUAGGCGUGUCCUAGGCGUCUCUGUGGGGGAGAUGCUUGAUGGAAGACCACUUGACCUGCCCCCAGUAGUGUCAGUAUUUGACUUCAUCAGCAAAACGUGUCUACCUAAAGUACUCAAGUGUACUUUAAUCAAAAUAUGUGCAAGCGACUAACUUACUGCCGUGCUAAAGCGGACUCUAUUUUAAUGUUCACACACUGAUUUCUUAUUCCCCUGUAAAGGGGGCGAUGGAGAAUAGUUGCUUAUCAAUGUUUUGAACCUUUAUUUAUAUAAUAAAAGUAUGCUAUCCUUUGUCACGCUUAGCUAAAUCGAGCGUCAUUUUGAUUGCAAUCAAAUUAUUUUGUAUGUCUUUUAGAGAAGCAAUUCAUGGCCAAUGAGUUGUGUGGUAAUAUACAUUUCAAAUAGCUCUGUAGCGAUAACGUUGAAGCUAAAUGAAAUGAUUUUUAAAGCUAUAUGUACAACGAACAAGGCUAUGUCCCUUACCUCUCAGCACUGAACUGUGAACUGAGGAGAACCAUGUCUACAUCCUAAUGACAUCUGAGAAGUGGUUUUUCUUAUCAUGCAUUAUUACUAACAGGCCGAUAAAUCUGUUUAUUUAACCUGAAUGUCUGCUAAUAUUAAAACACUUUCCCUAUGCUUUAAAGAUCCAUGUCAUAAGGGUCAUUUUUCUCCAGGUUUGGGUUGAACUGCCAUGUAACAGAAUGUCAAUGGCACUGCUAAAUACUGUCUUAAUGCAUGAUCAGAAGGUAAACACGUGUACUUAAGGUGCAGUAAGAUGUUUAAUGGCAUCUAGCAGUCUUAAAAAAUAAAGUCAACCACAUUUGAGUUAUCAAGUGAUGAGAUUCGUUGUAAGAGUUAUACAUUGUAGUUAGUAAUUUAGUCUUGCACUAUAAGUCUACAGUAGGCGGUAUGUGACAAGAAGCUAUGACAUGUCAUCCAACACUACCUCAUAGUUCUUUGGGGUAAUGUCAUUUCAAACAUACUUCAAAUUGCAUUGAAUCAUAAGUGUCCUCCUGAGUAAUUACCCCUCGAGCAAGAUCGUGCAUUACGUUGCCACGGUUAUAUUGACUACUAUGUCGUAGUCUAGCCUAGAGCAUGGCUUAACAACUUGACACAUAACGAAUACAAACAUUUCUAAGUAGUGCUUAUAUUGCUCUACAACGCAUGGACUAGGUGAGCUAAUUAGUAGUGAUACAUUUUUUAUUACUUUAUUUUUCUAUGUGCGCAUUGUCAGAGAUCAUCAGAAGAAAGAGAGGCUGUGGAUGGAUCGGUGGGAGGUAGUCGGCAUGGAAUGAAACCCUUAUUCAAGCCUAUGUUGCUAUCCACCAAUGAGGUUCUUUAGGAUUUAACUAUACGUGUUCUACCGUUAUGCUGCCUAUGUAAUGAAUUACACAACCAAGCAACAAGAAAGGCUUGUAAUUUAGACAGUAACAUUGACUUACUCGUCGAGACAAAAGCAGGCCACUUCGGCUUCCCUUUGAAAAUCGUAAUCCUACAUUAGAUCUUUAAUCCUGGGAAAAGCUACCCCAAUGUCAUAUUUUGAUUCGCCUGUCACGUUGGCGACGAGGAUUCCUUCUCCUGUGGCGUAGAAUACGUCUAAAUAUAUAUUUACUUAUAUAUAAGAAUAAAUAAAUAAUAUAACAUAAAUGUAAGAAACAAGACAACAAAGAGAGGAGGAGUACGCUGGGUCUCUUUAAUCAGAAUCCAGCGUGGGGCCUGCAUUGAUGUAUCAAAA